AUGUACGGCGGAAUCACUGUACUUGUUCCUGUCUUUUCCGCAGUAGCGACAUUGCUCGCAUCAGUCCCUGGUGCAAACGCUGCUCCUGCUUCACAGUGUUAUAACUGGAAGAACGUCAGAAUUGGUGGAGGCGGAGGCUUUGUUCCUAGCAUUGUAUUCAAUCCAGGAGAGAAGGGGGUGGCAUACGCCCGUACAGAUAUUGGUGGGGCUUACAAGCUCAACUCUGAUGAUACGUGGACACCUUUGACGGAUUUUGCCACGGGUACAGAUUGGAAUAAAUGGUAUGUUGACGGUUUGGCGACUGAUCCUGUGGAUACCAGUCGUGUCUACUUGUUGACAGGAGCAUAUACCAAUUCAUGGGACCCUAAUAAUGGUGCAAUUCUUGCAUCGAAUGACUAUGGUGCAACUUUCACAACCUCUACAUUGCCGUUCAAGGUUGGAGGCAAUAUGCCUGGGCGAGGCAUGGGAGAAAGGCUUGCCGUCGACCCUAACAAUGGCAGUAUUCUUUUCAUGGGCGCUAGGAGCGGGAACGGUCUUUACAAGAGUACCGAUUACGGGAGUACUUGGACUAAAGUCACCUCGUUCCCUAACCCAGGGACUUUCAUUCCUGAUCCCACUGACACUGAUGGAUUGAAUGGCGAUAUCAUCGGUAUCUCGUUUGUCACUUUCGAUUCGACAAGCGGUAGUCUUGGCACUGCCACUCCUAGAAUCUUUGUUGGGGUUGCCGAGAAGGACUCAGAAUCAGUCUUCGUCUCGAAUGACGGUGGAAGCACUUGGACUGCCGUUGCUGGUCAACCUACUGGUUAUUUGCCACACAAGGGUGUUCUUUCACCCAAGGAGAAUGUUCUCUAUUUGACAUACACCGACGGUGCUGGUCCAUAUGAUGGUACCGCUGGAUAUGUUUACAAAUACAACAUCAGUGCUGAAUCGUGGACCAAUAUUUCCCCAGAAAACAGCACCUUUGGGUAUGGAGGUAUUGACAUCGAUCUACAAAAACCCGGUACAGUGAUGGUUGCAGCAUUGAACGAAUGGUGGCCCGACGCAAACAUGUGGAGAUCUACUGACUCUGGCGCUACCUGGUCCCCCAUAUGGGAUUGGUCAUACCCAGUUCUCAACAGGCACUUUGGAUAUGAUAUCUCGUCAGCUCCUUGGCUUCAGGACCCCAACUCUGGUGAAGACUACCGGAAACUGGUUGGAUGGAUGAUUGAGGGUUUGUCGAUUGAUCCUUUUGACUCCAACCAUUUUCUAUACGGUACAGGAGCCACGGUGUACGGAAGCAAGAACCUACUUGGCUGGGAUACAGCCCAUAACUUCACCCUUCAGUCACUAGCUACUGGCAUUGAGGAGACAUCAAUUCAAGGCCUUGUGGCGCCACCAACUGGACCAAAACUUAUCUCUGCUGUCGGUGAUAUCACUGGAUUUGUCCACAACGAUCUUGAUGUUGCCCCUACUAUUGGCUUCAAGAAUCCAUACUGGGCUACGAGCUUGGACUUGGAUUAUGCGGGGAACAAGCCAUACAGUAUCGUUCGUGUUGGCAGUGAUGGAUCCGGCGAAACAAAGCAGAUUGCGGUUUCUUCUGAUUAUGGUGUAACCUGGACUGAGCAUGAAGGUGCCCCAGACUACACCAAUGGUGGGAAAGUCGCACUCUCUGCAGAUGGAAACACCGUCUUGUGGAGAACUGGAUCUGGAAAUGUCCUUGUAUCAACCGGCGCCAACACUACCUUUAGCGACGUUUCCUCUCUUCAACCAUCCUCCGUAAUUGCUGCGGACAAGAAGAACGACACAAUUUUCUAUGGGGCUUCUGGAUCAAGCUUCUACAUUUCCCUUGACUCCGGUGCAACCUUCGCCGUUGCCAGUACCUAUACAAGCUCCACAUCAAACCCUGUCAAAAUUGUGGCCAACCCUCUGACUUCCGGUGAUGUUUGGGUUUCUAGCGACAUUGGCCUUUUCCACUCGACUGAUUUUGGCGCUACUUUCUCUGCUAUCUCUACCGUGACGAGAGGGUAUCAGUUUGCUCUUGGCGCUCCGCCUACCACUGAUGGAUACCCAGCUAUCUAUCUUGUCGGUACAGUUGAUGGAUCGGUUGGUGUUUUUAGAAGUGAUGAUACCGGUGUCACUUGGUAUAAGAUUAAUGAUGAUGCCCAUGGAUUUGGAUCACCAGAUAGUGUACCUGUUGCUGCGGAUCAGAAUACUUAUGGAAGGGUAUAUUUGGGUACUAAUGGGAGGGGUAUCUUCUACGGUGAUGCCUCCUGCACAGUCUAG